AUGCAUACUCCUGGGAAAUGCAGUCUUCCACAUCAUUAUAGCCGGCGGGUACCAGCGAGAGAGCGGUAUCGUCAGGAACAGCAGCUUUAUCAUAUAAUAAAUUAUCUAUUUUUUCCACAUCCAGCACCAGCAAACAUGGAAGAACUGCACUCUGGCUACAUGCUCAAGUCCCCUCCUCCAUCUCUGGUUUUUCGAAACCUGAAAUCAUGGAAGCGACGGUUCUUUGUGCUCACUAGGACCCCUGAAAACAUUUAUGAACUGAAAUUCUACAGGGAUGAAAAUAGAGAAAAGCCUAUAGGACAAAUCAACAUGUAUCAGAUCUCACAGCUUUUCCUGCAGCCAGACUCACACAAUGUUUGGCCCUGGAUCCAAAGGAACUUUAAGUGCGCUGCCUCCUGUGUUCUGUUCAUGAAAGUACGUGGAAGAGAAUAUUUCCUCAUUGGAGAAAGCAGUGAUGAGAUGGAUUGCUGGUUCGAUACACUGUUUGCUGCUGUAAACACGUGCCAAAAAAUGUCCCACACUGAGGAAGAAGCUGCUCAGAAACCAUUACCUGUUUUUGAAAGACACUCUGCCCCAGGCAGCAAUUUGUAUGAUUAUCCAAGGAAGUACAGUUUGGCAGUAACACAAGAUGUUGACGGUGAGGAGGACGAGGAUGAAGAAAUAAACUCAGAUGAAGAAGAUGAAAUGGAGAGUGAUAAGAGCUGCUACAUGGACAUGAGAAGAGUAUUGGAGAAAGAUAAAGAUAUUGAUGACUCAUUGCUAAACUGUAAAGACAAUAGUGGUUCUACUGAUCGGCCACAGCAAGUUCCCCUGAAAACUGAAACAAUCCCAGAGCAGAAGGAGAUCUGUAUGACUCGACAGGACCUGAAACACAAUGUGAUCUUCUCAGAGAAAGUGGGAAGACCAUGUAUAUCUGACUUGAGAAAUAUCCUGCCGUCUGGUGUGUUCCAUGAGGGUGACCAAAUCAUGGCCAUUAAUGACCUGUACACAGACAGUCUUGGUGAGCUGCAGGCAUAUCUAAAAAGGCUCAGUAAAGACCAGGUAAAAGUGACGAUUUUGAGACAGCCGGGGUCCAGACCAUUAAACACUUGCCCAGAAUUACCUCAUCCUGACUGA